AAUGAACGGCAAAGGAAUCAUGGUAAUUAAUGAUACAACGUGUAUCGAUAAGAAUUGGUGUAUUGUUGGUCAUUUUGAGGAUGAUAAGCUGCAUAACUCCGAAAAAGGAGUCGCAAUCUUUCGCGAUGGAAGGUCAUAUGAAGGACCGCUUACCUUUGAGGGGCCGAUUGGAAAUGGGACCUUCUUUCUACCCAGCAAUGAUCUGGAAAAAAAUGCAAUAAAUCCUAAUAUAACCGAAGAAAGCGGAUAUGGGCUUUCUGGAUGCUUUGGAGGAACGUGGGAUGAUGUUAUCGUUAGCAAUGGCAAACUGCAAAGGACCAAACAGACAAGUGCUGUAUUGUGCUUAAAAGAUCACAUCCCAGUCGAAAGUAUAUGGUCAUCCGUUUUUACCAGCUUUGCAAAGCACGUUUUCGGGCUCGAUAACAUUGACGAACUGGGUGACGGAGCCGAAAUCUGGAACAAGAUAGCCAUCAACAUGGGUCGGGCAAGGCGCAAACAGCUGCUCGAAAAAGCUGGUUUCGAGGACAAAUUUUCCGAUUUCGACUACGAAUCAAUCGCUAGAUUUUGUCAGGAAGGUCAUGAACUGACUUUGUCGUCCGAAACGCCAGAAAAAUCACUGAAUGACACGGUAGAUUUAAAAGAUAACAAUUUGACUUUAUCAGACAUACUGAAUGUCGUUCCUGAAUUCGGAAGGACCGAAAUCGAUGAUAAAGAUUGGAGGAAAUUGAAGGAAUACCUUAGCAAUGCAUUUGAGAACAAGGUCCAUCCGCUGUACCAUCUUUACGAUAUUCUUGUGAACUGUUUCGUCGGAACAUACUCUCAACCGGAAAAGGAUUCAUUCCUUUGUGAAGUAGCGAAGCAAGAACUGAUGGCAAUGAUCGAUCGUAUCUACACCUCAUUUAUAGUGCGUAUGUUUCCAGCUUUGAACAAUUUAAACAAUGACCUCAAUCCGCUUGAACUGAUGUAUCCGAUUGUUUUGACCGAUACAAUCUAUCUAUCACUGCUUCAGCUGUACGUACAUCAGUAUAGAAAGUUGGACGAACUAUACCGACAAAAGAUGCUAUUCUUCGAAGGUCGAACAGAUGAGUUUAUCAUGCAGCAUAUGGAAUACAAAGAGGCUUAUAUGCUGAAUAAUAUCAAUUUCAAACAAGCGGUGGAUCUUUUCACCAGCAUCAAGGAAAAACGCACUCCUUGCAAAACGAUGGAUAUUAUACGAAUAGUUUUCAAUCUUCUCAACACCACACUGGUUGAGAACAAAAAAGACGGCGCCGAUGCCCUGAUGCCGCUAACGGAGAUACUCGUAGUGAAGGCGAAUGUACCGCAUUUUGGUGCAGAAAUCAGUACCUUGACAGGGUUGAUGACCUUUGAUGGAAACAUCGAUUACUUAAUUACAAUGUUGCAAGCCAUGUACAAACAUUUGCUUAAUGUGAAUCUAUGCAUGCCGGAAAACUGAUAAGUGGUAAAGCUAAGAAGUG